CGGCGAAUCCGACUUUCUGAUGUCUCAACUCAAACUCAAAUCACAGUAGCUACAAGUGCUCAGGGAGCAACUCGUCGCGACCGGGCAGGGGUGGCAGAACUUCUUAGGGUGGAAUCACGCGGCACGCAAAUUGUACAAAACAAUCUGAAAUGAGAGUGAUUCACAGUCCGGGGGAAAGCUUCCUAAUACAAAGAGACGACGUGCUACUUAUACUGUCUACGACGCUGCUUAGUAAAGUCCUGUACAACUGCAUAGUAGCUACGCUAUCUAAGAUCGGUUGCCUUUUAGGGUAAUUGAAAAGUUGAACGAUCGGACAGGUCCUGAGUGAUCAGGACCCCGCCCCAUUGUCCAUAUGAUACUUUUGAUGUGGGCCAACUCACCGCGUCAUACUUUUGGAAUACGACGUGCUGGAUUGGCCAACGGGUAUGUCUUGGCAUGUGAGACCAACGUGGGCGCCCCAAGAAGCCGUAUGGCUCUAGGCACGCCAAUCGUCUCCCACAUGGCUCGGUUCACGGAUCUAGCCGUAUCGAUUUUAGUGUGUUUGAGUAUGGGCGCGACUCGCCGUGACACUUGGAAGUGUCACCGCGACGCGUCCACAAUGUCCCGUGAUCGAAUGGAUCCUGACAUGUGACAAGUCGUCGUCGUGGCAUGAUCUGAGGAAACGUCCAACUCAAAACCGGGAGUUGCCGCGACAAGAUGGUUUAAGUCUUGUAACGCCAAGUCCUGUCCAGUAGUAGUUCUAUUAUUGAGAACGUCGCGCAUUGCUCAGCCCUUCAGCCCAAGUUCCCAUCUGCAGAGAAUGACCCUUUUUGAGAAGUCGACGCAACGACAUAUCCCUUUUUGGGGAAUGGUCGCGGUCCAAGCGUUCGUCACUAAUGGCCCUGAGCCUGGUGUAGACUCAUAAGACCAGUUCCACAGUAGUGGUCUGACUGCCUUGCUAUCGUCGACACUAUCCACAGUCGUCGACUGGGCAGUAGACCCAUAAGUCCUACUGAGCGCAACACUGUUAACCGCGACACGAUACACCGAGUGGUUCAAGAGUAAACUCUGUAAAAAGCGCAAAAAUACGCCCUUACAGAGCUGGUGCAGAGCGCGUCUGGUAGCCAGCCUAUCACCGGC